GCUGUACUCUACCUCCAGAAAGUAACUUGUAAGCUAAAUAUCCAGUGUUGGGUAGGAGGGCUCGUCGACAGCAACCCUGCUGGUUAUUUUUUGAAGGAACAGAAACACUUCUCUGCUUGGUUUUGUGGUUUUUCACUGCGAUAUGGGGCGCGCUGAGGUUUAUAUCCUGAUAAAGCCGAGCUAACGCUAAACUUUCUGACGGAGUUCUGACCAAGUUUUGAGGAGAAAAGCGGUUUUAAAAGUGAGGAAAACGACAAGGAGUAUUUUUUAAAAACAGAAUGACAUCUUUUUGACGAUUCUGGACAAAGGAUACGACGUGGAAAGGUGUUUUUUGUCGUGAAAAAGCGCAACAAGUGUUAGCAAAUAAAUUAGCCUAAGUUUUACCUCAGAAAGUUGCUGCCCCGCGCGCGCGUGCGCUCCCGAGUGUCGGCAUGGCAACGGCCGAGUAACCGUCGUUUUCAGCUAGUUAGUCAGCGACUCUUCACUAAACUAGCCAGGCUAGCUGCUGAACUAGCAACUUAAAAACAAGAUGAAAACGACCAAAUUCGUCCUUUUCUCUCUCGUUUUCUUGGCGGGGCACAUCAUUUUCGCCUGCGCUCAAGUGAUGAGAGACCCCAGCAGCAGCAGCAGCGGUUCCAGCGGACAGAGAGCCGAGGCGGACAGGGACAGCAGCUCCAGCAGCAGCAGCAGGUUCAUCCAGCCCAGCAGCGGGAACCUGUCCGCGCCCCGGCGGCCGCGGCUCCUCCCGCCCAUGUGCACGGGCCCCACCGAGAUCAGAGACACCUUCAAGUACAUCAACACGGUGGUCUCCUGCCUGGUGUUCGUGGUGGGCAUCAUCGGCAACUCGACCCUGCUCAGGAUCAUCUACAAAAACAAGUGCAUGCGCAACGGGCCCAACAUACUGAUCGCCAGCCUGGCCCUGGGGGACCUGCUGCACAUUGUGAUCGAUAUCCCCAUCAACGUGUACAAGCUUCUGGCUGAAGACUGGCCUUUCGGCGUGGGACUCUGUAAGCUGGUACCGUUUGUUCAGAAGGCAUCAGUUGGAAUCACAGUAUUGAGUCUUUGUGCAUUAAGCAUAGACAGGUAUCGUGCGGUAGCGUCCUGGAACCGCAUCAAAGGUAUUGGGGUGCCCAAGUGGACAGCCAUCGAGAUCACGUUGAUAUGGCUUCUCUCCAUUGUCCUGGCAGUGCCAGAGGCCAUUGCUUUUGACAUGAUCACUAUGGACUACAAAGGAGAGCACCUCAGGAUCUGUCUGCUGCAUCCCAUGCAAAAGAGCCAGUUCAUGAAGUUCUAUAAGUCAGCAAAGGACUGGUGGCUCUUCAGCUUUUACUUCUGUAUGCCUCUGGCCUGUACUGCCGUCUUCUACACCCUCAUGACCUGUGAAAUGCUAAGAAAGAAGAAUGGUGUACAGAUCGCUCUGAACGACCACUUGAAACAGAGACGUGAGGUGGCCAAGACCGUGUUCUGCCUGGUGCUGGUCUUUGCUCUCUGCUGGCUGCCUCUGCACCUCAGCCGUAUCCUUAAGCUGACAAUUUAUAAUGAGGAAGAUCCUAACCGCUGUGAACUCCUGAGCUUCUUCCUGGUUCUUGACUACAUCGGAAUCAACAUGGCAUCUGUGAACUCUUGCAUCAACCCAAUUGCAUUAUACAUGGUCAGCAAGCGCUUCAAAAGUUGCUUCAGGUCCUGCCUGUGUUGCUGGUGUUUACCUCCUGAGAUGCUCGCCAUGGACGAGAAGCAGUCCUGCAUGAAGCUGAAAAUGACGGAUCGAGCAUCUGAUCAAAGCAACAGCCGAAGCUCCAACAAGUACACAUCCACUUAAGCACUGGCCUGGGAGCUCUGUGAAGUUCUGUAAAAACUAGUUUCAAAUGUAGAGAGUAAAGAUAUUCCAAACCCAGAUUAAGCCUAAACUAAUGAUUCCGUUGCUGCAGUUUAGUCUAAAACUGGGCUUAAUUCAUGACUGGAAAAGUGAACCUGAGUGAGAUUGUAACUAGUAUGAAUACAAUCCUUCACCUACAGUAGGUAGAUCAGUGACAUGGGAUUGUUGUGUUUGAUCCUCCUGGGGACACAAAAAAUAUGAACACAACAGUAUUUGUUCACGAUGAACCAGAAUUCCAUAUUAUGGAAUGUAAACUGCUUUAAAAAUCUAUACAAAUGGGAAGGAAAAAUACAGGAUAACGAAAAAAAGCACCUGAGUUUAACAACAUCUCAUUUGGAAUGUUGUAACUAAGCCCACAGUUAAGUCUGUCCAAUGGAAGAAGAGUUGAUAAACAUUUUAUUUUAUAAAAGCAGUUUGUCCACUGCUUGUAAAUAAUUCCUCUGCUUCUUCUUUAACCAUAAUUGCACCAUUAUUAAAUAGUGACAUUGAGAAUCCGUGAUACAUUAUAACAAUAAUGUCAAUGCAAAUCUAACUAAAACGUCAUGAACGAUUUUACACCCAAUUGGUGCCCGAAUGGUUUUGAUUACAAGGUCUACAAGUAUGUAGUUCUCCUUUUGGCUUGGUCGGUGAAGGCUUCACCACAAGGCAACACAAAUUAGAUGCAAGUCCACUUAUUUAUGUGGUGGAUUUUAGCAUGCAUUAUGCUUUGUUGUCCGUAAAAAUGCCAAAGAAAAAUGACUCGGAUGUGCUGAUGCAAUUACGGUAAGCGCUCCUCGAGCAACAAUGCCCGGCUUGUUCUUUUCCAGAGAUGACUCCUCUAUAGGAUAUUCCUAGGCUUUAGAGACAAUGACCUUUAUUCUUGUGCUCCUUUCUCCACUACAUAAUGAUAUUUACUGAGUUAGAGGAAAGUCCCAGAUCUCUAAAGGAGCUGAAUGUUCGACUGUAAAGUUAUCAAUGCUUGUAAAUGGCGUGCCAUUGGGACAGUGGAGUGGCUGCGAAUCACACUGCUGUUUCAAACCUGAUAUAACCUCUUUCAAAUGGGUCAAAAAAACAAUAUUUCCUUCUUUUCUUUCUGUUAUUAACAACUUUCUCUUCAGAAUAGACUAGAACUGUAUAGUCCUUAGUUUUCCAGUCCAUAACAAGAUUUAUCUCAUUUAUUUUAAUGAAAAAUGUUGAACUAUGUGUUUUAAGCCAAAUGUAUUAGUGUAAAUAUACCAUAAUGACUUAAAUGUACAAUAUACAAUAAUGCAGACAUUCAUCUCAGUGUUAAAAUGUUAGUUUAGAAUGCACAAAGAUAUAAGCGUAUUUUUACAAGCUGAUACAAGCUCAUGAAGCUUGCGCAACUGUAGAAGUGUAUCUUUUAUUAGCAUUUUAUUACUUUAUGUAUUACAGAUCAACUCUACUUCCUUAUUUUAUAGACAACAUUUUGUCACGACUAGGGAUGCACCGAAAAUAUUCUUUUUGCUUGGAACAAAUCCAAACAAAACAUGGAUGGCUUGAACACUGGGCAUGUUUUAAAAAAAAGUAUAAUUUUUCCUAAAAUGUGCUUCUUUUUUUUUCAGCAUUGAACACUUUGAAUGAACUUUUUAAAGUAAAAAAGUAUUUUCCUAGUAUUUUAAAAUACAAUUUAAAAUUUUUUUUUUGAAUACUGUAUAUGUUAGCAUCCCACCAGACGCACCAGCAAACAUAUGUGCCCUAUUUUUGUUGGCUAUACAGCACAAUUAAAAUCUUUUAAUUUUACCAAAAAUCGUUAGUACGCCUUAUUAUCCAGUGCGCCUUAUGUAUCCAUUCUUCCAGACAGGUAUUAAGGAACAGUAACGCCACUCCGCUGAAGUACAGAGUUUUAAGCAUUAGCAUUAGCUGCUAACCACAGCACUAGGUAUUUCACUGUUCAGAGGCGAGUUUAUUGGACUGUAGUCUGCAUGUUUGCCAUGUUAAAACAAGCUACAUGGGACAAACCACUAGCUGAUAUCUCCCUGGGUUACCGAAACACUCAUGGUUCCUCAGUCUAGUGCUAUCGUGCAGGAUUUACAUUCUGCUAGCGCUGCGGUUAGCAGCUAAUGCUAAUUCUGCAGCCAGCCUUAGUGCUGGAGAAACUUGCCGUAUUUUUUGUACUAAAAGGCAUACUUAAAAUCCUUUCAUUUUACCAAAAAUCGCCAGUGCACCUUAUUAUCCAGUGCAUCUUAUGUAUGAAUUUUACAAGUCAGGAAUUAAGGAGCAGUAAAGCCACUGUGCUGAAGUAUAGCAUUAUACAGGAGAUUGAGUUUAGUUUUCUAGCAUCGAGGCGGAAGCAGUAUUAGCUUUAGCCGCUAACCACGCUAUGCGUUAGCUCUUUGCUCUGUUCAGAGGUGAGGAUUAUCGGCCUGUAGCCUGCUGCUAACCUCGGCUAGCACUGCUGUAGCAGAAUUAGCAUUAGGCGCUAACCACGCUAUGCGUUAGCUCUUUGCUCUGUUCAGAGGUGAGGAUUAUCGGCCUGUAGCCUGCUGCUAACCUCGGCUAGCACUGCUGUAGCAGAAUUAGCAUUAGGCGCUAACCACGCUAUGCGUUAGCUCUUUGCUCCGUUCAGAGGUGAGUAUUAUCGGCCUGUAGCCUGCUGCUAACCUCGGCUAGCACUGCUGUAGCAGAAUUAGCAUUAGCCCCCAUUCUGAGCUAAGCGCUAGCUCUUUCAGUGUUCAGAGAUAAGAAAAUCGUACUGCAGUCUGCUGUUAAAUCAUCAUAAACAGUCUUGAGGAGAGAAAGCUGCAUAGAUUAACAUCCAGCGCUCGUUUGAUUUUAAAAUAAAAUGUUUUUUUUUUUAAAGAAUUAAAGUUUUGUUUACUUAGUUAUUGGUGCUAAUCACAGUAUUUCAUGCGCAAUUUGUGCGUUUAGAGCAUAAAAUUAAUAUGUGUAUACAGCAAUGUAAUGUAGCGCUGCAAGGAGAGUGUGGGCCUGCCCCUGCUGGUGAAAAAGAAAGUCUUAAAAUAAUUUAGACAUUGUUUGGUAUAAAAGAUUUAUUCGCUAUUUAACGCUUAUCCACAGUCUUCCAUUUCCACAUCAGCCAUUUUCUGUGCAUCCCUAUCUAGUACUGUACUGUAUGUGCCUUACCUGUACAUACAUACAUAGCUUAGCAUCACCAAGACAUGCCUUUACUUAGUAGUAAUAUUUUAAGUAUCAUACAUUUGAUACAGGGACCGUCAUUUUCUAUAGAUAUUGAAGGCUUUGAACUGAUUGUAACUUCGAUUGACUGCUGAAGGACUCUUACUGUUGAUGUACAUACAUAUAUAUUUAUAUUUAUAUAUAUAUAUAUAUAACAUAUACAAACAUGCUAUUUUGUGUUCACCAUGUGUUAUUUUUCUUUUAAAACACAAUUAUUAUUAAACAAAAAUAUGAAGCCUUUUUUGAAAUGUCCAAAAAAUUGAUUGUAAUUUUUAUAUAAUUUAAACAAAAUUGCUUCCGUUUACUUUGUCUUACCACACCAUGACAUAAAGAAUGGACCAAUAGAAAUGCUCAAAAAUGACUUGGAAUAAAAUCUCCUUGCAUUGA